AUGUCUAACAUAUUUUUUUGGAACGUGCGUGGUCUUAAUGAAGUGUCUAAGCAUCGUCCUCUCAGGAACUGGAUGUAUAGUAGAUCAGUUUCCUUUGGUGCGCUUCUGGAGACGCAUGUCGGCGAAGUAAAUAUAGGCCGUGUAUUAUCAGACCUAGGACCACAGUGGUCCCUUGUAUCUAACUACGAGUUUUCGGAGCUGGGAAGGAUCUGGCUUAUCUACAAGGAUCCUGUAGUAGUUCGUGUUCUCUUCAAAGAUCAGCAAUCCAUUACUUGUGAAGUUCAGCUGCAGAAUGAAGAACCUUUCAUCUAUACAGCAAUCUAUGCUUCUAACCUGGAGGAUGAGAGAAAACUUUUGUGGGAAUCCAUUAAAGAUACUCACAUAUCUUUCCAAUUGUCCCAGAGAGUUUGGAUAGUGAAUGGUGAUUUCAAUGAAAUUACCUAUCCAUUUGAGACAUUUAAUCCUUUCUGUCAUCGGUCUACUCGGGAAAUGCAAGAUUUCAGGGAUUGUUUGGCUGUCUCAGGGCUCUUUGAUCUCUCGUUUCAAGGUCCGCAGUUUACCUGGUCAAAUCAUCGAAUCGAGGACCCUAUUGCAAAGAAACUUGAUCGUUGUUUGAUCAAUGGUGCAUGGCUUCAUCGUUACCCGGCAAGCCAUUGUUUCUUUGAAUCUCCGGAAUUCUCUGAUCAUUGCCCUUGCCUUAUCCGGUUGUCCACUCCCUCUCCGUCUUUUGGAUCCAGACAUUUCCGGUUUUUUAACCUUAUGACUAACCAUCAUAGGUUUUUAGAGACGGUUCAUCACUCUUGGAAUGAGGCAGGGGGUUUAUCUACGAAUCUCAGAGACUUCUGUUUUAAGCUAAAACAAUUAAAGAGACCAUUGAAGACUUUGUUUCGAGAGAACUACAGUGAUAUAGAGAGAAGAGUAUCUGAAGCUUCUGCUGCACUGUCUUCUCUUCAAUUGAUCUCUUUGAAUGAUCCUUCUGAAGCUAAUCUUUUGCUGGAAUCUCAAGCAAAAGAUCUUUGGAUAAGCUUGCGCAUGGCUGAAGAGAAUUUCUUCUAA